CAUGGGCAUCAUGAACUCCUUCGUCAACGACAUCUUCGAGCGCAUCGCCGGCGAGGCGUCGCGCCUGGCGCACUACAACAAGCGCUCCACCAUCACGUCGCGGGAGAUCCAGACGGCCGUGCGGCUGCUGCUGCCCGGCGAGCUGGCCAAGCACGCCGUGUCCGAGGGCACCAAGGCUGUCACCAAGUACACCAGCUCCAAGUAAACGCCUCCUUAAAAUACCAUUUAACCCAAAGGCUCUUUUAAGAGCCCGCCACUUUUUCAAUAAAAGAGCUGUACAGUCAAGUAAGAAACCUUAGAGUAAUUGUGCAAUCCUUAACUUAAACGGUUUUUUUGUUUGGGGUUUAUUUUAGUUUUUCAAGGUUUUUGGGUUUUAGAGGCUAAUUGUUUUGUUAAAAAUAUUAGUUAUUUUCAUAAAAUACUACUCUGGGUUUGCUACAUUCAUGAACAUUUACUAACUGAAAUGUAUCUGUAAAUUGUUUUAUAUUGCUGGGGGUAUUGGAUUCUUUUUUAAGGUGGUGCUUUCCUUAAUUUAUGGUUUUCAGAAUUUUCAAUAACGUUUUAUGUGAGCAAAACCUUACUACUGCAGGUUUCAGUGUUGCAUGUGUUGAUGCAGAUAUAGUUACAAUACAGAUAUUGUUUAAUAUUUUCAUCAGUAUCAGGGUCUUCAGGGAAUUAGCAGAUGUAAUGCCUUGUAACCGAAGGAUAGAAAGCUUUCUGGAAUUUUCUAGUAAGGAGGGAAUUGAAGUUACUAAUGGAUACUCAUCCAUUAAUAUACAGCAUUGCUAUAGUAAGAUCUACCACUCGAUGGCGCUCAGCCUCUGUGGUUUUUGGGGGCUGGGGUUAUUUUUUCGCAGGAGAAAUGCGUACAGCGCACUAUAAAAUAAAAGAAUUUAUGUACCCACAA